GGCGGAAGCGGAGCAUGGCGGCGGGUGCGGGCGUGCAGCUGGCGGCCGCGGCGCUGCUGCUGGCGGUGGUCGGGCCGCGGCCGGCGCCCGCCGAGCUCACGGAUGGCAACAGCGAGCACCUGAAGCGGGAGCACUCGCUGAUGAAGCCGUACCAGGGCGCGGGCUCCGCGGCCAUGCCGCUGUGGGACUUCCAGGGCAGCACCAUGGUCACCAGCCAGUACGUCCGUCUGACGCCCGACGAGCGCAGCCGGGAAGGCUCCAUCUGGAACCGCGUGCCCUGCUUCCUCAAGGACUGGGAGCUUCACGUCCACUUCAAGAUCCAUGGAGCUGGCAAAAAGAACCUGCACGGUGAUGGCCUGGCGCUGUGGUACACGCAGGAGCGCCUGGUGCCAGGUCCUGUCUUUGGCAGCAAGGACAACUUUCAUGGACUGGCUAUUUUCCUUGAUACGUAUCCCAAUGAUGAAGCGACAGAGCGUGUGUUCCCCUACAUAUCUGCCAUGGUGAACAACGGCUCCCUGACGUAUGACCACAGCAAGGACGGGCGCUGGACAGAGCUGGCAGGGUGCACUGCUGACCUGCGGAACCAGAACCACGACACCUUCCUGGCCAUCCGGUACUCCCGCGGUCGCCUGACGGUAAUGACUGAUGUGGAGGACAAGAAUGAAUGGAAGAACUGCAUUGACAUUGCAGGGGUGCAGCUGCCAACCGGCUACUUCUUUGGUGCUUCUGCUGGCACUGGAGAUUUGUCUGACAAUCAUGACAUUAUCUCGAUGAAGCUAUUCCAGCUCAUGGUGGAGCACCCCAUAGAAGAUGAGACCGUUGACUGGACCAAGAUAGAGCCUAGUGUCAGCCUCCUUAAAUCACCCAAAGACAACGUGGAUGACCCAACAGGGAACUUCCGAAGCGGACCUCUGACAGGCUGGAAGGUGUUCCUGCUCCUGCUCUGUGCACUGCUGGGCAUCAUCAUCUGUGCUGUGGUGGGAGCUGUGGUCUUCCAGAAACGCCAGGAGCGGAAUAAGCGUUUCUACUAGCAGCAGAGCUGGGCUGUGACAUGCACCCAGACCCAUCUUUUCUACAGGGAGCUGUAAAUCUGUGGUUUCUAGAAGCUGUUUCUGAGAAAUAUCAGCAGUAUUUUUUAUCUGUCUGUUUGGCUGUAACCCCUGCCCGGCACUUGGCAGCGGCCGGGUUGGGCCGAGAGGACGAUGCCUGCUGGGACCCUGGGGCUGUUCUAUGGGAGCCUGGAUGUCGCUCCCGUUUUUCCAGCUCUCCUCCUGCCCGAUGAGAUCUGCUGGAUGGGACCUGCUGUGCUGGGUGUGAAUGUGAGGGCUGGGGGAGGGGGCUGCGAGAGGGGCAUUAAAGAACUGACACCA